CCACCUACCGCCCUUUGCACUUUCACUUUUCAAAGCUGAUUAUUAUCAGAAGACGGCGGAGAGGGAGGGCUAUUAUUCAGUCUGGUAGCAUCUCGUUAUGCCAAAGCAAACACUUCUCUCCAAAAAGCACCACCAACCAGAUAAAACGAUAAAAUAAAAUAAAAAUAUAGCCCCACACAAUCUAAUCCAUCCAUCCGUCUGUCCAUCUGCCCGUCUGGUAUACCGUAUUCAUCCCACAGUCUGCCCACCAUGCCUCUUCAAGCACCAGCGCCUCCAACAGAACUGAACCGAAGUGAGCCGAAACCGCACCCAUCUCCUGCCCUAACCCACUCCAGGCCAUAUCAGCAGGCACCACAACCACCCACCCCCACUCACACCCACAACCACAACCACACACACGCUCACGCGCGCGCGCAAACAAACAAACAAGCAAGCACACCACGCACCAGCAAAGCAAGAGUGAGACUGACUGACUUAGUGACCGACCAACCAACCAACCAAUCGACUAAUAGGGUAACUAAGUGCGCAAGAGAGUAAAUUAAGUAAAGCCAAGCCAAGCCAAGCCAAGUAAAGAAAGAAGAAAAAGAAAAGAAAAAGAGAAGAAACAGCAGUCUUCAUAAGGACGCAAGGCCCGAAAAUAGAAAGAAAAAGAAACCGCCCCCUACCAAAACCAGCAGCAGAAAAGAAGAAAAAGAAAAGAAAAGAGAAGAAGAGUCGCUCCACACCGCUAGCAUGUAUGUGUCCCGUACCCCGUUGUAAAACGCGCGUGCUCGUGAGCCCGCUUCUUCAUGUCAUCAAGUCAUGCCGUCGUUCGUCCGUUCGUCCGUUCGUUUCAGUUCAUGAUGGAAGUCAAUGUAAAGCCAACGCAAAGAAAAGCAAAGCAAAGAAAAGCCGAAGCAAUCAGUCAAUCAAUCAGCCAUGGAAGAAGUCCUGGCUGGUACUCCUUGCCGUGCCGCCCCCUUUCCUUCCUUCCGCCAUCGCCAUCGCCGUCCGCC